AUGUCAUCCCAGGCAACAACCCAGCCCCGAAUAUAUGAAACCGUACUCAAUCCUUACCCGCCAAACAACAUCAUGGCUCCUGGGUUUCAACAACCUGUGGGUUUCACACACCUGGGAAACCAAGCUCAGAGUGGCCAGCCUCCCUUCCUCAGGUCUCCAGGAAUCAUCACAAACAGUCAUCAAGGUCAAGGAAAUACAGAGGUGGUAAACCCAGCUAUGGGAACAGCAAUCACAAACUUAAGAGAAGAAGCAAAGGUAUUAGGGGCAAUCCAGAUCAUGAUUGGAUUGAUGCACAUUGGUUUUGGAACUAUCUUGGGUUUCAUGUACACUACUUAUGGACCAGUUUUCGGAUUUGCAUCCCUUGCUGUUAUUAGUGGAUAUCCAUUCUGGGGUGGCAUCUCUUUCAUUGUUACGGGUACUCUCUCUAUACUGGCGUCCAAGAAGCUUUCUCCUUGUCUGAUCAAAAGCAGCUUAGGAAUGAACAUUGUCAGUACUAUCUUUGCCUUCCUUGGAGUGAUUCUGCUGCUGGUGGAUGUGAGCAUCAAUGGCCAACCCAACCAAGACUACUGGGCAGUUCUUUCUGGGAAAGGAAUUACAGCCAUGCUGGUUAUCUUCUCUCUCUUGGAAUUCCACACAAAUUUGACUACAGCCUAUUUUUCCAAACGAGCAAUCACCAAAACCAACAGGCCUGUCCUGGUUAUUCCCAACGUGUAUACAGCCAGUCCCUUGGAACCAGGGGUUUUCUCAGCUCCUCCCAGAAAUGACGGCCACCUCACUCAUGCCACUUAA